AUGUCGAGCGCGUGCACCUUCCUCCUGACGUUUCUGGUCUCUGUGCUGUGUGGCCUAACCUGCGGCCAACUUGCGCAGAACCUGACUCCGUUGGACAUUGGCGUCCGUUGCGCCCAGUAUCCGCGGACGCCGACAGUGCUGACGUUCGUCGUGGAUCAGCCGGACGCGAACCUCCUCCUCUUGCACUUUGACUUUGUCAAGUUGAUGCCCCAAGACACGCUGACAUUACGUGCCGUGGUCAAUCACACAGUGGGCGCCGUGAUCGACACCCUGACGUCUGCCACCACGGCGCCAUUUUAUUCCGUGCCCAUGUAUACGCUGCUAGUUGUGUUGGAGCUACACGUGGUUAUGGGCCUCGGUCGUUCCGGUCCUGCAAACGCCACGACACGAUGCUUUGGGUUCCACGUGGAUGGCGUGCGCACGUCGGCUAUCGACGGCAACAAGGCGGCGUCGGCGGACGAAUCUAUUUGUGGCACGGACGAUUCCAAGAACGCGCAGUGUUUUGUCAACUCGGCCAUGUACACGGCAUCCAAGGCGGUGGUGCGGCUCCUAACCAACCGCGUGGGGGGGUCUGCGUUUUGCACGGGGUGGCUGCUCGGAUGCGAAGGGCAUUUGCUGACUAACGAGCACUGCAUUCAAGACGCCACGGACGCAGGAAAUACGCUGAUUGAGUUUAUGGCAGAGGGUGUGUCGUGCGGAACGAACUGCGACUCGCAAAUGGCUUGUGCGGCGACCCCCCGGUUAUACACUCGCGGGGCGACCUUCAUUGCGGCGUCCACAGAGCUGGACUAUUCGAUCGUGAAGUUGGACCCUGCGAUGAUUCCCGAGGGCUUGGGGUUCUUGCGACUGCGACUGGCGGGGCCAGCAUUGAAUGAAAAAGUGUACAUUCCACAACACCCCCUGGGGUGGGGGAAGCAUGUCGCGGUCAUGGCUGGGCUAGCCCCAGGCAUGAUCACAACGGUGACGUUGGCGGGAUGCGCCGUGGACCAAGCCGGGUAUAUGCUGGACACUCAACCGGGUUCGUCCGGCUCACCGGUACUGUCGGUGAGAGACAACAACGUGGUGGCGUUGCAUCAUUGCGGAGGAUGCCCGAACGCUGGCAUCCAGUCCCAAAAGCUCAUUCAGGACUUUGCGAAGCGGGGAAUUUUGCCGCAGUGCAGUGUCGCGUAG